UUCAUCUCCCCGUGAUUAUCCCGCUGCCCUCUCCGCCGCAGCCUCACCUCCGAUCAAGCGCCGUCCGGUCAAUUUCCGAUUUGGGUUUCAAAGAUCUGGCAAAAAUGAAGAGCCAAAUUCAAAGCCCGAAGCUGAUCCAUAUCCAUCUUAGCUUCUUCAACGUCGUCCCUUACAUCCUCCUCUUCACCGCCGGAAUCACCGCCGGAGUUUUCCUCACUUUCUAUCUCUCAAAUUUCUCCAUCAGCUUAAACCUCACCCAGAUCCCUCCUUCGAUUUCUUCCCCGGUGACCGGACCCCGGGUGGGGUUGGAGGAGUAUUUGAAACCGCCGGAAGUAAUGCACGACAUGGAGGAUGAGGAGCUUUUGUGGAGAGCUUCAAUGGCGGCCGGAAUUCGGGAAUUCCCGUUCCGGCGGGUUCCGAAGGUGGCAUUCAUGUUCUUGUCGAGAGGGCCAAUGUAUUUGGCGCCUCUUUGGGAAGAGUUCUUCAAGGGAAAUGAAGGGCUUUACUCGGUUUACAUUCACUCUGAUCCUUCUUAUAAUCAUUCUUUCCCGGAAAGCCCUGUUUUCCAUGGUCGAAGAAUUCCGAGCAAGGAAGUGGGAUGGGGAAAAGUGAACAUGAUCGAGGCAGAACGGCGCCUAAUUUCAAACGCCCUCCUCGAUAUUUCAAACGAGCGAUUCGUUCUUCUCUCAGAAGCCUGUAUUCCUCUCUUCAACCUCUCUACCGUAUACUCUUUCCUCAUGAACUCCACCAUGAAAAGCUUCGUUAUGAGCUACGAUGAGCCAAGUAACGUCGGUCGUGGCCGAUAUAGGGCUAAGAUGUUCCCACCCAUCUCCCUAAAACAAUGGCGGAAAGGCUCGCAGUGGUUCGAGAUGGACAGAGACACCGCCGUUGCCGUCGUCUCUGACCGGAAAUACUUCCCUGUCUUCCAAAAGUAUUGCAAAGGCCAAUGCUACUCCGAUGAACACUACUUGCCCACCUUGGUCAAUGUUUUGGGCUGGGACAGGAAUGCUAAUCGGAGUUUGACUUGGGUUGACUGGUCAAAGGGUGGCCCACAUCCAACGAGAUUCUCGCGGUCAGAUAUCCACGUGGAGCUUUUACAGAGGCUAAGGAAUCAAACUGAGUGUACGAAAAGUAAAACGGAGGGGACAGGUGUUUGCUUCCUAUUCGCUAGAAAGUUUUCUCCGAACACAUUGGGAAGGCUGAUGAAAAUUGCACCAAAGGCCUUGCACUUUGGGAGAUAGAUAGAUUAGAGAAA